GUCAACCAACAAAAAGGGGGCGCAACAAAAAACCUUCGGGCUUCGGCAAUUCAUCCAAAAUUCGCAGGUUCCGUCGAGCACUCGAGCCUUUCAUUCAUCGCUCAUCGGCCAUCGCAAUUCGCAGCAGGCCAGCAGUCCAGGUCUCCGGGCGACGGGCCGACGGCCGUCCAGCAGUCCAGGCGUCCAGCUGCAGAACAACACCUCCGCAGGCGUCCAGUCCAGUCCCGGCCUUCACUCCCUUCAGACUUCAGUCCACUCCUUUGGCCUUUGCAGUUUGCAGAGUGGCUGUUGAAUUUCCUUUGUCUUUAACAGAUGAUAUCGUGCAACCAACAUAGCUAGAUACUAAAUCUUCAUUUAAGUGCUUCAAUAUGAAUGCUGUUGGAUGCUCCCUAACUUCUGGUGGCGUUUAUAUGUCCUAUGAGCCUAAUAACUCCAUGUCCUACAAUUCAUCAUUUACAAGGCAUUCCCAAUUGUAUUCUAAGGCACCCAUCUCAGCCAUUAGGAGCUCAUGGGGAGUUCUUCUCAAUCUAACAUCUUGCUUCUCCCAAGGAACAAGGUUUCAGAGUCUUUCUUCUGCAUCACCACGUCAUUUAUGUGGGGAAUAUCAUGGCUUUUCAUAUCAUUUUCAAAAAUCUCCAAGGCAAAAUAGGUUUUCCUUUUGCACUAGAGCAUCAUCUAAGGAUGUCCCCAAAAGUUUCCGAUACCCACCCAUGACAAAGAAGCCAAUGUGGUGGUGGAGAUCCUUAGCGUGCCUCCCCUAUCUAAUGCCCCUCCAUGAAACGUGGAUGUAUGCCGAGACCGCAUACCAUCUUCACCACUUCUUGGAGAAACUUGAAUUCUUGACAUAUCCCUUUCUGCGGGCCAUAGGAAGGUUGCCAGGCUGGUUCCUCAUGGCCUACUUCUUUGUUGCUUACCUCGGGAUUGUUAGGAGAAAGGAGUGGCCCCACUUUUUCCGGUUUCAUAUGGUGAUGGGCAUGCUCUUGGAGAUUGCCUUACAGGUUAUAGGAACUGUGAGCCGUUGGAUGCCACAAGCCGUUUAUUGGGGGAAGUUUGGGAUGCAUUUCUGGGCCGCUGUUGCAUUUGCUUAUCUCUUCACGGUUUUGGAGUGCAUCAAGUGUGCGCUUUUCGGAACAUAUGCUGAUGUUCCGUUUGUUUGUGAUGCAGCUUAUAUUCAGAUUCCUUAUGAUUGAUUCUUUGAUUAUUCUUGGGCAUUAAAGCUUCCUUCAUUGGAGAUGGUAGAUUUGUCUAUUUGGAUACUGAUAUGAUGAUGACCUUUUUGCAUUCAACAAUAUUGAUGGAUUGCUUUUAUGUAGAUGGACAAAACUACUUAACAAGUUUUUCUUUAAUGCAAAGUCAAGUCAAGUUUAUCCAGCACAGACGCAUGGGACUCCCUUAUAUAAGUAUAUUUUGUGUUCGUUGGGGCAAAAUUCAUGUUUCUGGAGCAAUUAAAUGAGCAACUUUUUGAAUUGGAGCUGGGAUAUGCAGUCCAAACACUUCUCCCAAAAAUGUACUUUUAAAUUUACUCCACUAGUUAAACCGUCCGAUCUACUCUAGGGUCUUCAUGGAUUGUUUCAUUUCUUACUUCAACAUAUGAAUACAUGACAGCAGUGUUUUGAUUUUCUUUUCAGUUUCUCGUGCAUAGCACAAUGUGCAGUUGUGUACACCACCUUUGUUUCCGAGACUCCGAGUGUUGCGUUUUUUGUUUUUGUAUUG